UCUCAAUGUGUAACAUUAUAUAAUAACUAUUUAAAGUUAUGCCAUAAUGACAAAGAUCAAGAGUUUUGUAAUGAACUGGAAAGGUUUAGGUAUAAAUAUGAAGAUAGAGUUGCCCCUUUAAAUUGCGUUGGUGUGCCCAAAACAUUAGAAUCAACGAGACCAUUUGAUUCAUUUGUUAUUUUGUUACCUUUUACUAUUAUUUUAAUGACAACUUUUAUUUCAUUUAUUUUAUAUAAGUUUACUGGCAUAGGACCCUUGUUACGUCUUCAAAUGAGGAAAGAAAAAUAUAAAUCAAGCAAUUUAGGUCAACAGAUGGACUCAAUUCAACAAACACAUGGAACUAUAAGUAGAAAAUCUGGUAAUAUGACGUACAAAAUAUCAUAUCCAUCUGUAGGUAGUUAA